AUGAAGCGGCGCACUGCGCUGCGCGUCGCAUCGCUUCGCGCGACGUUUCCCGGCGGUCCAGGUGGCAACCGGCGGUGGGAGGAGGCUAGGGUGGCGCAUCGGCGAGGUGGGAGUCACACCGCUGGUAACCUCCCAGAAAUUCUGCAAGAACUGAGUCUGAUUUACUAUGACGAGGACAAUCCUCCAGGGCAAAAGGAUGCGGAAUGUUCUGUGUGUUUGUCCAGGUUUCAACAUGGAGAAGAGAUCAGAGAAUUGAGAUGCUACCAUGUCUUUCAUAAACUUUGCUUGGACUCCUGGCUCCGUUGCAAAUGUGCCACUUGUCCUCUUUGCCGCGAUUUUAUUGCUCCACGUAGGACCGUCACAGAGCUUGGAGUGGAAGUAUUAUUGUUCAAGUAUUCUGCUUUCAGUUGCAAUGACGACAGAGAGACAUGGUGGCUAAGAUGA